AGGCUCGAGAUUUGCUCCUUCUCUGGCUACAAGAUCUACCCCGCCAAGGGUAAGACUUAUGUCCGUCUCGACAGCAGAACUUUCAAAUUCAUCAAUGGCAAGGCCGAGUCCUACUUCCUUCAGCGUCUUAACCCCCGCAAGAUCAGAUGGACCGUCAUCUACCGUCGUUUGAACAAGAAGGGUGUUACCGAGGAAAUCGCUAAGAAGCGCACUCGCCGCACUGUCAAGCACGAACGUGCUAUUGUCGGUGCUUCCUGGGAUGCCAUCCGUGCCAAGCGUAACCAGAAGCCCGAUGCCCGUGCUGCUGCUCGUCAGGCUGCCGUUGCCAAGUCCAAGGAAGCCAAGAAGGCUGCUGCUGCUGCCAAGAAGGCUAGUGGUCCUGCUCAGGGUGCCAAGGUCAGCAAGCAACAGGCCAAGGGUUUCGCUCCCAAGGCCGCUGCCACCUCGCGCUAA